AUGUAAAGUAGCACAAAUUACUCUUAAAUCGAAAAAAGGGAGAACUCCGAUUGGCCUAUUUUUUAAACAGCGGAGAAUAUUAACAACCUCCCAUUUUGGGAUAAGAGACCCUAUUUAUUCUUUGAUGAAAAUCAAAUAGUAAUAAAAGGGACCUUGAAGAGAAUUGGCAAGAACAAACAGAUACCAAAAUCAUACAUGUUUAUACUAUUGAAAACAGGUUAACUUAUAUACCUAGACACAAAUUAAAAAGGGAAAAUAUAGUUGGAUCUAUCAAUUGUUCUCAAAAAAAUAGAGUUGACUAAUGAGGAAAAUGAAGACAAGCAAAAGAUAUCUGCAAUACGAAUAGAAAGAUUUUAGAAUUGUUCAAUUCAUAUUUGGAAUGAAGACAACUCAAUCAGCAUUAAUGUUUGGUAUAACAGAUUAGCUCAGUUUUGCAUUAGUUCAAAUUUUGAAGGCUUCUUUUAGUUACAUGAAAAAAUAGACGAGGGAGCCUUCAGUUCUGUAUUCACUGUUACUUCACAAUCUCAAGAAGAAGUCAAGAAUUAGAAAUAUGCUGCCAAAGUAUACUCUAAAAGUCUACAAUCAAAAAUACCUGCUUAAUAGAUGAAGGAUUUUAUUUAAGCAGAAUGUUCAAUACUGAAAAUAGUAAAAUCCUAAUACAUUGUUAAGCUAUUUGAAAUAAUAUAAUUAGAAGAUGUAGUCAUUUUAAUUCUUGAAUAUGUAUCUGGAGGAACCUUGUAUCAAAUCCUUCAAUAAAAUGUGUUAAAUGAAUUGAUGUCCUUAGAGAUACUCAAUUAGAUAAUGUUAGCAAUCAAAGAAGUUCAUCACCAUGGCUUUGUACACAGAGAUAUUAAAUUAGAGAAUAUCAUGUUUCAAUCUUUGAAUCCAAUUGAAAUUAAACUUAUAGAUUUUGGCUUUGCUGAGAAAAUCAAUAGAAAUAAAUUAUUAAAUGGUUCUGGAACUGCAGGAUAUAUUGCACCUGAACUCUUCCAAUUAGCUCCCUAUACAGAAAAUUGUGAUAUGUUUAGCUUAGGAGUACUUUUCUAUUUACUUCUAUGUGGGAAUUCCCCUUUUGGUACCUAGAAUAAAGAAUUACUUUUGGAAUUAAAUAAGACAUGCAAUCUGCAAUAUCUAUCAAAGGAAUGGUAGAAUAUUUCUUCUUCUACUUAAAAAAUUGUCUAAAAGAUGCUAGAUAAAGAUCCUACUAAAAGAAUUACAAUUUUAGAAUUAGAACUACUAUUAGAUAUACACAUGAAUAAUUUGCGAUUUAAUUAAGCUAAUUCUCGAUAAGCGCUUAAUCAAUUGUAAAAUUGCAACAAUGUUAUAAUGCAAAACUAAAGACCUGCAGUCAGGACAGUUUCGAAUAAUAAAAAAUGCGAUGAUGACGAUAUGUCAAUAGAGGAAAAAAGCAUAGAUAAUACAAAUCUAAUCAAUUUAAAAAAUUCCCAUCAAUAUUACAAUAAAUCUAAAUGGGUAUCUUGA